GUGUAUGGCGAAAGUGAAUUCUUGAUGGCUCAUUUGGAAUGGCAUAAAAAUCAACCACCUACAACAAAACGACGUCUUUUUGACCCUUCAGAAAGACCUCCACCGAAGCCAGUUUCUCCAAAUUUAGAUCUCAAAGCGCUAGCUGCUACAGUCCAAUUAGGCCAAAUUUUAGAACAAAUAGACCAAAAUAACGAAAAACACUAUUGUCGUGUUCCUAGCUGUCAUAAAGUGUAUAGCGAAAGUUCACAUUUGAAGGCCCAUUUGCAAUGGCAUAUAAAUGAAAGUGUAGAGAAAAGUGAUGAAAUAAUUUGUAAAAUUGAAGAUAUUUAA